AUGGAAUCCCGUGUUAGGUUAUUGUGCAACAUUCCGGCACUUGUUUCCAACUUGAAACAUGGAGGUUGUUCUUAUUUUACCGACGAUAGUAGUUUUGUUAAAAAAGUCUUGUCUGCUUUUGAACGUGUUCCUGAAAUUUCAGAAAGAAGCUGUCAAUUUAUUGGUCUGGCAGUUAGUUGUCUCUGUAUGACAGGAUAUACUGAACUCGUAUCAGAUUUCAUCAUUAAACAGAGUAUUGGAAAUACAAUCCAUCUGUGGUCAAAGUUUCUAAAAUAUGUCAACGCCAAAGCCUUGGAGAUAACAUUAUCACCGUUGGCUAAGAAAUGCCCUACUUCAAGCAUGUAUUAUGCGUUGAUAUCUGAACUUCUAGAGACUUCCACUGGCUUUGAUGCAUAUAUGAGACUAUGUUGUCGUCUCUUCUAUAUUCGCCAAUUUCGAGCAGGUAAUACCAUCAGAAACAUUUUCAGUUCCUUUUGUUUGGCGGUGAAAAAACGCGAGUCUCAGGAGAAGUCCAUCCAACUGAUUGAACAAGCCGAUGAAAAUUUAGGCUUACCUGCUCUUAGUGUGUGGUCAGAUGUGAGUUCGAUACAAUCAGCUUCUUUAGAAAGACGUAUAUACAUAUCUCAGAUUUUUAUUUCGUGGUUCGUUGAUUUCCGGAAUGUGCUGAGUUCUCAAUUUACGAUAAGAGAUGAUGAUCUGUUACCUGAUGUUUUAUCUGGCAUUUCUAACCACCUUGCCAGUCCAAGAAUCGAGAUACGUACUCUUGGUAUCGUUAUAGGAGAGUGGAUCGUAACACUUCUCAAAUGGGAUACAGGAAGUGAAGAUCAAAAGCUAAAAUUUGAUUAUGUGGAACUAGAGUUCCUAAAACAAAUCCGGCCAUAUUUUGUUUCUCUGGAUGAAAAUCAUGGAGUGGAAUCUAACCUACAGGCUACCAUUCCCACUGAGACAAUAUCGGGAAGCGAUUCUCACGAAGAUACUGUCGCUUCACGUGACCACGAGUCGAAUGGCGAAGAUAGCACUGUAAAUCAAAAUGUACAUGAAUUGGAUAGUGAUGAUGAUCCAGAUUCAGAUAAUGAUUCUUUGAAACCACUUCCCUCUACUCAAUGUUCAAGUCACAGUGAUAAAACUCCUCAUUAUCUUCGCGAAUGCCUCGAUGGAAUGCUACUAACUAAAGUUGAAGAUAGCAAGCAAGAGAACUCUGUGGGCAGAAAAAUGUAUAUUAUAUCAUGCCUCACUGAUAUUGCUUGUGAACUGUACGGUGGCAAAGAGGCGCUGCUUUGUCAGAAACUUCCUGCAAAGCAGCACGUGAUCGAAAAUGAUGCCAUUCAAACCAGCGAAGUUCAGAAAGGGAAAACUCGACGGUUUUUUAAGAAACGUUCACCUCCUUCGGCUUUUGUCAACAAGUUUAGCCAUGUUGCUGGCGAGUUUUUCUUCCCCUUGUUAAAAAGCAUACCAAACUUAUCGCUCUCUUCUGUUAAAGGGACCUUCGCUCAUCAAGAAGCAGUUCUGUUGGCCAGUUUGCUAGCAUCAUUAGGAACUAUGUACGCAUGCUCCAGAUUCUCUCCUGUUCAAAACCGGAUGGCUGACGAGCUAUUAGAUCUAAUUCCUCUGUUUUAUCGUCAUCCUGAAUCUGCAGUACGACGUGCUCUACUUAUAACUGUUGGGACUGUUAUCACUACAACUCCGUUAGAAGUCCUAUCAUCUAGACCACGGUUGGUCUUCAGGGAUUCAUUAUUACCAUAUGGUAAUAAUACAAACUCUGAAGACAAUACUCUUUCAGGUUGGCUGAAAUCUUGCUCAGUGUCCGAUACUGAUACAGAGUGCCAGCUCUUGGCUAGUAAUGGUCUUUCUGCAUUAUGUGAAAGGUUUUUAGAAUUGAAUCGCAAGACUAUCAGAAACAAUUUGCAAUAA